AUGAAAUCUUGCCAUGAAUUGAGCGCAGCAGCGGCGGAUUAUCGGUUCAACCCGCGGGUGCCGGCAAAACUGUACUUGAAGACAUGUGUCAGCCUGCUCGAAGAAGCACAGGGGAGCUUCCAAUCUGGGCAAUUGGAGCGAGCAUACGUGAUGUACCUGCGGUAUUUGGACCUGUGUACGAAGAAACUACCUACGCAUCCACAGCUCUCCGCACGAGCCACGGGCGUGGACCUGGACGGGUUGGCGAAGGAAGAGUACCUUCAGCUUCUAAAGCUGGAGGUUCCAGCAAUCCUGAGGAUCACGGAAGACCUAAGGACGCAGCUGGAGAGAUCCUUUGCACAGCAUGCGCGGACGCUAGCGCGCAACGUGGCUGGCCCGCGGCCGGCCGCGAAAGACAAGGCCGAAAAAGUCGAACUGCCGACAACAUUUGACGAGAAUCGCUUCAGACGCUCUGUUGCGAAACUGCAGAGCCGUGGCGGCGGGAGCGCCGGAGGCGAUGGGAACGCGGGCCUCGCUCAGCGGAGUUCCGCCCUUACAUACCCAGAGCUGCCGCAGUUGAACCUUCCGUCUUAUGCUUCUUUCUAG